AUGGUUUUCGUUGCUAGAAGCAUCGCAGCUACUUCUCUUCCAAUCACUCACUCGACAGACGACAUCAAUUACAAUCACUUUAGCAGUGUACUAAACUCUAAUUACAGCGUUCGAUUUGUAAAUCCACAGUUGUGCGAUCCUAAUGUGACUCAGCACUCUGGAUACUUGGAGAUGGGUACAGAAAAGUACUUUUUUUGGUUCUUUGAAAGCAAAAGUAAACCAGAAGAGAAGCCUUUGACAGUUUGGUUAAAUGGAGGUCCUGGCUGUUCUAGCAUGAUCGGUUUAUGGCAAGAAAAUGGACCUUGCAGAAGUGGAAAGAAUGGCACCGAAGUUACAUACAAUCCGUACACUUGGACAAGGUUCUCUAAUAUGCUCUUUAUUGACCAGCCUAGUGGCGUUGGCUAUUCAUAUGGAGAUAAGAUUGAUUCACAAGUAGAGACAAGCGCCGUGGCAUUUUAUCAAGCGAUUCAGCUAUUUUAUGAGGCUUUUCCCAAGUACAGUAAACUGCCCUUCCAUCUCUUUGGAGAGUCUUUCGCUGGUCGUUAUAUUCCAAUCUAUGCAGAGUAUAUUGUCAAGAGAAAUCUAGAAGCAGUGAAUCAAGUGAUACCUAUUCAGUCUGUUGGUAUUGGUAACGGAUGGAUCAAUCCAUUAAUUCAAUUAAAGUAUGCGGCUCAAAUGGCAUGUGAAUCUAACUAUGGUCAGCUUUUGCCCGAGUAUUUAUGUGCUCAAAUGAGAACUAAUUACAAGCGAUGUGCCAAGCUGAUCGAGAAAUGCUACGCCUCAAAUCGCCGAAACGACUGUGUUGCUGCCGAUGGAUAUUGUAAUGCAAAUGUAGACGGUCUGUUCAGCAGAUCAGGACGAAAUGUCUACGAUGUCAGGCAGUCUAGCUCAACUGUAACACCGCCUGAAGACUUUAUAAAUCUACUAGAUCUUCCUGAUCUUCAACGAGCAAUUGGCGUAAAGCACAUGAAAUACCAACAAUGUGCUGAUCCGCCAUACUAUGCCAUGAUUAACGCUGGAGAGGGCAUGCGCAACUCGGCGCUGUAUUUGAGCUCACUCUUGAAUCAUGGUGUUCGUGUUCUAAACUAUGUAGGAGAUGCUGACUACCUAUGCAACUGGUAUGGAAACUAUGCCUUGACAACCGAUUUAAAGUUCAAAGGAAGUGUUGAAUUCAACAGCCAAACCUUAAGACCUUGGAUUUUCCAGAGUAAAGAAGUAGGCCAGGUUCAGAAUACAAGUUUAAUGACUUUUCUUCGCAUCUAUGAGGCUGGACAUGAAGUGCCUUAUUACCAACCUAGAAACGCUCUGGCUAUGUUUGCCAAGUGGGUAUCAAACAAAGCUUUUUGA